AUGUCAAGAGCUCAUCCUUUUGUAUUGAUUCGUUAUCCCAUUGGACAAAAGGCUUUUAAGGUUCUUAAUCUUACCACUAAAUCCAUUCAUAUCGCAAGGGAUAUUAAGUUCUUUGAAAAUAUUUUUCCCUUACAUGAUAUAUCCCCCACUAUGUCACAAAACCCACAUUCUUUUCUUCCUAAAAACUCCAGUGAUACACCUAUUGCACCUUCACCACCUUCAAUUUCUGUCCCUACUGAAAAUGUUUCUUCUUCUCAGUCUCAACCUCCUAACAUUCCUAGAAGGACAUCUUCUAGAACACAUAACCCACCUAUGCACUUACGAUAUUACAUAUGCAACAAUGUUAUUGAUUCUUCACACAUUUGUUGUCAUACUGUUACACAUAUGUGCAAUGUUGAUCCUCAAGUUUCUGUUCUUUAUCCCAUUUCUACUUUUUUUUUCAAUAUUUCUAAACAUGAUGUUGGGCCUACUUUUUAUCAUCAAGCUAAAGGGAAUCCUCAUUGGGAACUUGCUAUGCAACAGGAACUUGAAGCUUUACAAACCAACCAUACUUGGGAUAUUGUUUCAUUACCAAAGGGCAAAAAGCCAAUUUCAUGUUGA